AAGGGCGGUGACCACGCUCGAGGGACACCUCGGAGCCCUUGGGCCGGACAGAGCCACGUUGGGAGCAGCUGUGGGCGCGGGGCCUCCAAGAUGAGGCCGGCGCUCACCCUGUGCCUCCUCUGGCAGGCGUUCUGGCCCCGACCCGGCCUUGGCGAGCACCCCACCGCCGAUCGCGCGGGCUGCUCUGCCUCGGGGGCCUGCUACAGCCUGCACCACGCGAGCAUCAAGCGCCUGGCGGCCGAGGAGGCCUGCAACCUGCGCGGCGGGGAGCUCAGCACGGUGCGCGGGGGCGCUGAGCUCCGCGAGGUGUUCACUCUCCUGCGGGCAGGCCCGGGGCCCGGAGGGGGCUCCAAAGACCUUCUGUUUUGGGUGGCGCUGGAGCGUGGGCGAUCCCAGUGCACCCUGGAGAGCGAGCCGUUGCGGGGUUUCUCCUGGGUGCCCCCCGACGUCCACGUCGACGGGUUGGAAAACGAAACGCUGCCCUGGGUGCAGGAGCCCCAGCGCUCUUGCGUUGCGCGGAACUGCGCGGCGCUCCAGGCCGCCGAGGGCGUGGAGCCCGGGGGCUGGAAGGAGAUGCGCUGCCACUGGCGCGCCCACGGCUACCUGUGCAAGUACCAGUUCGAGGGCUUGUGCCCCGCGCCGCGCCCCGGGGCCGCCUCUGACUUGAGCUACCGCGCGCCCUUCCAGCUGCACAGCGCGGCGCUGGACUUCAGUCCCCCGGGAACCGAGGUGAGUGCGCACUGCCCGGGGCAGCAAUCCAUCACGGCCACCUGCAUCGUAGACGGGGUCGGCGCUCGCUGGGACGGGAUACCCUCCGGGGCUGUGCUCUGUCCCUGCCCCGGGAGGUACCUCCGCGCAGGCAAAUGCGCAGAGCUCUCUAACUGCCUGGACGACCUGGAAGGCUUUGUCUGCGAGUGUGCUGCGGGCUUCGUGCUGGGGGAAGACGGACGCUCUUGUGUAACCUACGGAGAAGGACAGCCGGACCCGGGGGGAGCCAAGGGGCCCACCAGGCACUCCCUGGCCACUGCAGCCAGCCCCAUGCCGAGGAGAACAUGGUCACCCAGCGUCCCUGAAAAACCAGGAGAGAUGCCCCAUGUCCCUGGACAAGGCAGUUCAGCAACAUCUAUUUCUGAGAUUCCUGGGUGGGGGGCAAAGAACACGAAGCCCACCCUGCAGAUGUCCCCUCAAGCCAACUCAAAGGCUACCAUCACUUCUUCAGGAAGCGUGAUUCCCACGUCUAAUGUCACGGCUUCCUCUAACAUGCCCAAGGCUCUGGACUCCUCCUCCACCAUCGUCUUCAUACUUGUGAGCAUAGCAGUGGUAGUGUUGGUGAUCUUGACCAUGACGGUGCUGGGGCUUUUCAAACUCUGCUUUCACAAAAGCCCUUCCUCUAGGCCAGAAAAGGGGCCUUUGACCCCUCCUGGGGUGGAGAGUGGUGCGCAGGCUACUGCUCUGAGCUCCAAUUCUGUACAGGGCGCAACAAUGGGGUGAAGUCGCAGGCUGAGGGACCGAGCAGAUGGCGCCUCACUGUUUGGGACCUCUUUUGACUCUAAAGUCACAUAGUGGAAGGGGACAUGAGCACUUCUUGUGAGUAGUUUUUCACUCUCAAUGAAAAGGGGAACGGAGAAGAGAGGCUUAUCUGUGGAACUGAUGAUUUCUGCAGAAGUUCCCUUCCCCUUAUUCCCUCUACCCCACGGAGGAGCUACAUCCAAACUGGAUACUCCAUUUCUAAUACGGAAGAGGUGGGAGUGCCUUAGGCGGUACUGAGCCCAGGAUUCUACCCGGGAGAGGGCUUUUCCUGUGGAUUUGAAGAAGUGAUUGAACUUUUUAAGAUAUUGAAAGCAUAUAGAAAACAAUACAAUAUUUUACAUUUUAUUUUUUACCACGAUGGAAAUAAAAACUCUGUUCAGACUGGGAAUAUAUUGAUUUAAAAAUCCCAGGCAAAAAAAGUAAAAAUAAAGGAUUGUUGAUAACCCAGACUCAAAUGUCAUUGGUUUCCUGGAGGAGUAAUUAUUUAGGAAGAGCAGCUGAGGAGCACGCUGGACAUGGCAGCAAGAGUACAUCCUGCCUGUAGGUUGAGGGGGGAAAUGUUAAGAACUAGUAACUUCUUCCUUGUUUUCUUUCUUUAAUAUAUUUUGCUUUCAAAGUUACUGCUAUGUGUGUGCUCUGCUAGAAAGCUAAACUGCAGUAUUGCCAAAUCCGCUGGCUCUAGAAGCAAAUUAUAGUUGACCGUGCAUUCAAGUGUUUACUGUGUGUCCUUGCUCAAGGAAGCAAAUGGUUUGUUUUGCUCUCCCAAUGUUUGUGCUCUCCAGUGUAAUGACCUUCCCAACCAAAGAGCCCUUGCUUCCAAUUAUAGCAAUGUUAAUUUUCAAUGAAACAUUAAUGCUAAGUAUUGAUUUGAAAUCUUCUGGGUGCAUUAAAGCAAAAGUAAGCUGGAUUUCCUCCAAAGUUGCAAUGUUUAAUCCAUGGAAAAACUUGAAUUCCAGACCAUUUCCUCCCCUGCUUAAUAAAAGCAUGUGUAUUAACCAUA